AUGUCACGACGUAAAUGUAAACAAGUUAAUGUUGUUGAAGAUAAGAAAAUUGCCAUUAAUACUAUUGUUCAAAACUUCAUGGAAGCAGCUGAUCAAAAAGAAUUAAAAUUACCUCCAAUUUACAAUGUCGAUGAAAGAGCUUAUAUUCACAAAUUAGUUAUCAAAUUGGGUUUAAAGUCCAAAAGUCAUGAGUCUUGCCAAGAAAGAAAUCAAGUAUGUAAGAUAAUUUGCACUCAGCCGAGAAGAUUGUCUGCUAUCUCGGUGGCUGAGAGGGUUGCUUUUGAAAGGUCAGAAAAGAUUGGAGAAACUUUUGGAUAUCAAAUAAGACUAGAAACUAAAGUUUCUUCAAAAACGCUUUUAACUUAUUGUACUAAUGGUAUAUUUUUAAGAACUUUAAUAAGCGAAGAUUCUCCGCUAUCGGGAAUAACUCAUGUAAUUGUAGAUGAAGUUCACGAGCGAGACAGGUUGUGUGACUUUUUAUUAAUUGCUUUAAAGGAUGCUCUUGUUAUAUAUAAACAUUUAAAAGUUAUUUUAAUGAGUGCAACCAUCGAUACUUCUAUAUUUUCUAAAUAUUUUUAUAACUGUCCAAUAAUUAGGAUUCCUGGAAAAUUAUAUGAAGUUGAUAUUUACUAUUUAGAAGAUGUUUUACAAAUGACUAAUUACUUCACAAAGGAAAUGUUAAAAAUGAAAAAUAAAUUAAAAAAUUAUGGACAUCAUGAUAAUCAUCCUUCAAAAUCUGUAACAGAAAAUCAAUCCAAUAGAUUUAAUAACGAUGUUACAAACAAUGCACAAAGUAUUGUUCAUGAUAAAACCGUUUCAGAUAAGGUUGAAUUAGAAUCGUGGUUUAUUGAAGAAAUAGAUAAAGCUAUCGAGGAUGCAUGGUUAUUUGGAGGAGAAGACAGAUUUACUCAGAUUUUAUAUUUAAUUUGUUCAGAGAAUGUACCUGUGGAUUAUCAGCAUUCAAAAAAUUUUGUAACUACAUUAAUGAUUGCUGCGGGUCGUGGAUAUUUAAAUAUUAUACAGAAUCUUGUUAAUCUUGGUGCUAAUUUAAAUCUCAAAUCUUGUAACAAUUGGACUGCCUAUGAUUGGGCAAGAAAUAUGAAUCAAAUAGAAUGCGCUGAAUUUAUAGAAGCUUAUACAGCAGCGCUUGAUUGUGCAGUGCAAGAAGAUGAACUUGUAAAUGCUAGUGUACCAUCUAUUACAGAAGAUAGUAAAGCAUUGCUCGACAUAUAUCAUAGCACAUUUAACGAUGAAAAUAUUAAUUAUGACCUUCUUUUAAAAUUAAUUUUGCAUAUUCAUUUGAAAAUGCCUAUGGGCUCUAUUUUGGUAUUCUUACCAGGGUAUGACGAAAUCAAUAAUAUGAAAAACAAAAUUAUUGAAGAAGUUAAGCUAAAUAACAAAAAAGAUUAUAAUAUAUAUAUACUUCAUUCCAAUGCUCAAAUUAGUGAUCAGAAGCAAGUUUUUAAGCCCAGUCCUAGAGGAUGUCGAAAAUUUAUUCUCUCCACAAAUAUAGCAGAAACUAGUAUAACAAUUAAUGAUGUAGUAUAUGUCAUUGAUUGUGGAAAAGUAAAAGAAAAAUCAUUUGAUGUAAUAACUGGUGUAUGUACAUUUGAAUCUAAUUGGAUAUCUCAAGCUUGCGCCAAGCAACGUACUGGUAGAGCUGGCAGAUGCCAAAAAGUUAUGGAAAUGGUUUGUGGAAUAAAAAAUCAGCUCGUUACUCAACUUAAAAUUUCUGGUUUUAUAAAACCAAACGGACGAAACGAUAUUAAUUAUUUAAAUUCAAAUUCUAAGAAUUGGGCUAUUAUUAAGGCGGCUUUAACUGCAGGUUUGUAUCCAAACUUAAUUAGAUUCGAUCGAACGAACAACCAACUAAAAACCGAGAGGGAAAGUAAGGUUCGCAUACAUUCUUUAUCAGUUUUAAAAGAUAUUUCAAAAUCGUUGAACAAAAAUUGCACAGAGUAUGAUGAAACGAAUGCAAGUUCGUUACCUUGCGAAUGGAUACUCUAUGAAGAACUGAUUCGUUGUGGACGGUAUUGUUCAGCUAAAAAUGUUACUCUGGUCAAUUCUCUUACUGUAGCUAUAUUUAGUGGAUCCACUAGAUCACCAACCGAUAUAGUUUAUAAAACCGUAUCUGAAUCUAAUAAUAGUUCUAGUUCAGAAAUAAAUAGAAAUUAUAAAAAAUAUGUAACGCUGAAGUUGGACGAUUGGAUAGUAUUUCAAACUGACCCAAAGACUGCCGAAUUAAUUCUAUACUUAAGACAAAAAUGGAAUGCAUUAUUUUUGUGGCAUAUGAAAAACCCAUAUAAAUUUAUGUCUCAAGUGGACGAAGAGUUCAUGAAAAUAUUGAUAGCGGUUAUGAAUAAUGAAGAGCAAGCAUCUAAACUAUACCAAUCAUUAAAUUUGUGAUAAUUACACUUUUUAGCUAUCAUCCUGCCAUCGUUGAAGAAAUAUGAUAAAUUGCACAUAUGUAUCAAAUAAAUUUUAAAAUACUAAGUAGUCUAAAUGUACAUAUUAUCGAUAUUUUUGUUAUCUAGAAUGGAAUUCUU